AUGCUGCGGCGGGUGGUAGUAGACAAGUGUCAUCUUAUCUUCACAGCGAGCCACUGGCGGCAGAAGCUGGCGAAACUGAAGAAUCUGCGGUUGCUACUGUGCCUGAUAGUACUGCUCACGGCGACGCUUCCGCCAUCACGAGAGUGCGAACUGGAGGCUGGCAUGCUGCACUGUCUGGCCGAACACGCGAUACUUUGUGUUGUGGUGUUAAGCUGGCAAGCUAGAGGAGACAGCGCUCGCGGUAGGCUCACGGCGGCAGUUGUCGUUGCUUGCGACAGGAGAGAAGGGCGUGGUGUACUGCCGCAGCAAGGAACAUGGCUUGGCUCUGGUGGGCUAAUUGUGGCUACGUUAGCGUUAGGGACAGGGGUUGAUUACCCCGGGGUGGUGUAUAUACUACACGUGGGGAUGCCGUGGAGCAUGAUCGACUUCGCGCAAGAGAGCGGGCGUGGAGGGCGGGCCAGGGAGGAGGCCAUGGGGUUGUUUUUAACAGGCCGCAGUCUGCUAGAUGUAACUAGUGUGGAGAGAGAGAUGCGCUAUAUGCUAGGUGCUAGACAACUUGGGGCGGGACAAUACCGCUGGUACGAGCAGCUGCUGUUGGGGAUGGCUGGGCAGUUGGGAUUAUCCAACAGUGCGGAUACUGCGGAAAGCUAG